ACAUACCUCUUGSUGUUAACAGAUAAUCGUACGAAUACAAGUMGCUACAGUCUCUAUGAACUGCAGUUAUGGUGRAUUGGUGGAUUGUCUGCAAGGCCGCAAUAUUGUCUAUAAYAUUUKUCCAGAUCCUUCAAAUACGGACUUGUGAUGCAGAUAAGGUAUUUUUGGUCGACGGCUUAACAUCAAAUCAAGGUCGUCUUGAAGUGGUCAUCGAUGGUCAACGAGGCAUGGUUUGCGACAAUGACUGGGAUAUCAACGACGCUAAAGUUGUAUGCAACAUGCUUGGGCUUCCUGUGGCGACCCAUGCUGUCAAGGAAACCUUCUUUGGUUUUGUACGCAGAUUCCCACUUCCAAAAUCAUUGAUGACCAAUGUUCAUUGYAUUGGAAACGAAUCGUCUUUGUUUGACUGCCCAUUUAAGAACGUAUCUACUAUUUUUUGUGAUACUGCUGGAGUAGUUUGUGGCAAAUUAUCAGUUAAGUUUCGACUCGCUGGUGGGCGAUCCCCAAAUGAAGGAACAGUCCUUGUGGCSUUUGGAAAGAUGCACGGUCCAAUGCGCAAAGAAUGGACGAUUAUAUGUGAUGAAAAAUGGACUAUCAAAGACGCACGGGUUGUGUGUAGAAGUCUUGGUUAUCCCGACGCCAUGUUUGCUGUUAGCUACGCUAUGUUCAAUGAUCAUGAUGGAAUGUUCUUUCUUUUAAAAGAUCUUCAUUGCCAAGGCAACGAGUCUCGCAUAGCAGAGUGCGAUUUUAAUGAAUURAAGUUUCAYCAGUCCUCGUGCAUUUUGAAGCAAGUUGGCGUGAUUUGCGGAAAACGAAACUCCACAGUGCCUUUACGACUAUCUGGKGGASSCUCGGCAAGUUCCGGGAGGGUUGAAAUAAAUCUUGGUGGCCACUGGARUACAAUAUGCCACAAUAAAUGGUCAAUUAAAAACGCGCAUGUCGUUUGUCGAUCACUUGGUUAUCCUAAGUCAUACAUGGCUACCAAAGGGUCUAUGUUUGGACCAGGAAAUGGUCGCAUUGUGCUGGAUAACGUYGAGUGUUUUGGCAACGAAAGUUCUCUCCUGCAAUGUAAACACGACGGGUUAGGCUCCAAGAGCUGUACGUCKCAAGAAGAAGCUGGAGUUUUUUGUGAAAAAACAGAAGCAAAAUUCAAGCUUGGUGGUAAUGGUCACACUCCAAACCAGGGUCUUGUUCUUAUCAAUAUUGGUGGUAUAAAUGGCACACUUUGCUAUAGAGGWUGGGAGAACAAGGAUGCWCGUGUACUUUGUCGCUCUUUGGGACUUGGUGACGAGGGAUACGCGGUCAAAAACCUUGCAUUUGGUAAGGRGUCUGGUCCGAUUUUACUGAGCAAUAUGAAUUGCCAUGGAAACGAGACAGAUUUGCUCUCAUGUGACCAUGAUGCAUUGGGAAGCCAUGGAGGAUGUAGUCAUGACAACGAUGCUGGAGUUAUCUGUAGUGCAGUUCAAGUUCGUCUUGUUGGUGGAAGUGCUUGGAAUCAAGGCAGAGCUGAGAUAAAGAUUGACGGACAGUGGGGUCGCAUCGGUUACACCACAGAUUUAAGUGUCCCAAUUAUUUUUUGUAAAAUGCUUGGUCUUCCUGGUCAGGGAUAUAUAAUCUAUGAAAAAAUGUACAAAUCAAACAGCAAGACAACGCUCGUAUCUAAUGUCGUAUGCGGCCUUAACUAUAAAGGUCAGCAGUCUUUAUUAGAGUGUCAAUUCAAGUAUAAAGUGGAAAGCGUUCGUGAAGAUUACGAAGUCAAUUGCGGACCUCCUUCAGAGCAUGUCUCAGUUGUAAACAUCACAGGAUUUUCAACUGUCAUUAAAUCCAGCCAGCCAGCGUACGCCAACGACAAUGACAUCAACACGUGUUUAUUCGUGGAUGCAGACCGGCGGUCAUUCCAGGUUACUUUAAACAAGAAUACGUACGUUCACAGCGUUUCACUUACCAUCAAAAGCAAUCUCAGCUAUUCCUCUGUUAGCGUCAUAAUCCAGUCACCAAUCAGCUCUGAAUACGAYGUAAAGUGCKUKCCAUCYACGAGGUUUGCAGCCAAAAUUGGCAUGAUGUAUGMCUGCUCUMGUCCAAUUCGUAGUCGACAUGUGAUGGUUAACGUUGUAGAAAGAUCGGUCAUGUUCGGCCUGUGCAACAUUAAUGUGUUUGGAUAUGGGGACAUCGAGCAAUCUCGCGGUGUUCUACAAGAACGAUGGAUUCAAGACUUAAUACACAGACAUAAAUCUUCGCCCUUGCUAAGAUACAAUCCCUACUUCAAUAAUCUGAAAAGAAGACAAGUUUAUACUACUCCCAAUGGUUUCAAUAUUGACACGACGUUUUGGUAUGGCUAUGGUCAAGGAAACCGUAUUUCUGCAUACUUCACGGUAAUCUAG